AUGCAGAUCAAAGUACGAACGCUCACCGGCAAGGAAAUCGAGCUGGACAUUGAACCAGACUACAAGGUUUCAAAAAUAAAAGAGCGCGUCGAGGAGAAGGAAGGCAUUCCGCCGGUGCAGCAGCGAUUGAUCUUCGGAGGAAAGCAAAUGAACGACGACAAGACUGCAGCCGAGUACAAUCUUGAGGGCGGUGCGACAUUACAUUUGGUUCUGGCUCUACGUGGCGGACGGUGA